ACGGGGUGGGUGAGCCCGAAGGCGCUGGACUGGACCAUUUGUAACUGGAAGAGGGGGAGAGGAGGAUAACGGAAGGAGUAAAAGGGAAGAUAAGGAGAGGACCGGUUUGGGUAUACUGUUGGGUGCGGUGAAGAAUGUGGUGGAAUUGGAAGUUGAAGGAAGCUCGAGACUAUCCUGACCUGGAAUUAGGACGUUUGACGGGUGGUUUGGUCCUGCCUGGCCUACCGGACCUGCCGGUGGAGCUUGGCCGGCCACCGCCGUGACGAAGCUCCGGCGCCGCCUCCUCGCUGCCCUCCGGGGGCUGCCGCGCUGCUGUGGGUGGGGGAAGGCAGGACUGACGCAGACUGUCAGUGCUUUGGGGCUUGUGCACAGUGGAUCUGAAGAUGACCACAGCAACACGACAGGAAGUCCUUGGCCUCUAUCGCAAAAUUUUCCGACUUGCAAGGAAAUGGCAGGCUGCAUCAGGACAGAUGGAAGACACCAUCAAAGAAAAGCAGUAUAUACUCAGUGAAGCCAGAACACUGUUCCAGAAAAACAAGAACCUCACAGACAUCAACCUGAUUAAACAGUGUAUGGAUGAAUGCACCGCCAGGAUUGAAAUUGGACUGCAUUACCACAUUCCUUACCCAAGACCAAUUCAUCUGCCUCCAAUGAGCCUCACCCCACUACAAGGCCGAGGAUUUCGAACCCAAGAGAAACUGAGGAAAUUUUCCAAACCAGUAUAUCUCAAGUCUCAUGAUGAAGUUUCUUAACCCAGAAGAUACUUGUUUCUGCAUAUGAUGAACUGAUUUGCUAGUGAAUGUGAAUCAAACAACAAACCCUUCUCCUUGACUAAGGGCACCAAUCGCAAUAUCGUCUUUAUAUUUCCAAGUUUGCCCUUACCACUGGUUUGUGCCUGAACCGCCCUCCUCGCUGUCCUGUUGCUGAGUGGAUGAAGUUAGCUCUAGGGUGAUGAACCUUACAGCCUCACUAAAGUCACUUUUGGAAACAGGACUAAGGCCUGUGGGAGGAAGGCUAAAGUGACAGAGCUUAUCCUGAAGAGACAGCUUACGUGGGAAUGCCUUUCUUCACACAUCAGCUCGGGGAAAGAAAUUAGCCAGUUGCUGGAAAUUCUUAUGGCUACUCUAAAAUCAUAUAUCACCCUCAGAAUAUUUUUGAGGAAUUUUUCUUCAUGUUACAGGUUUUCUGAUUUUGUGGUCUUUUUACCCUUUCAAUUUCCAGAUGAACUGCCCUCAGAAAGUCCAUCUUUGGAUUGAUUGUGGUUUUUUAUGGAAAUUGUAUAUACCAUUCAUCCCCCACACCCCCUGCCCAUACACACACAAAAGUUCAUGCCUGAGUUAAAUGCAAAUUUUUACUUUAUCUUAAAUUCUAUGAUUAAGUAAGAUGUACUUAGGAUCUGAAAAGUUUCCUUGAAACUCAUUUACGUUCAUUGUACUUUAACAUAAUGGAAAAGUGCAAGGUUUGAGCAGACUUUCAAAUUAAAACAAUGGGACAAAUAAAGAUGAAAACACCAAGGA